AUGAAUAGCCAGAACGCAGCCAACAAGAAAACGAACGCAUCGAAUGAUGCUCAUCAGAUGGGUUCGUCGACUACGAUCUUCAUGAAGACGACCCCACUCUCCGAAGCUGCUUUAAGAAAACAGAACACCAACAUGCCCUUAGCAGGUUAUCUGUGGGAGAUUGAGGAGAGAAAGAGGAUUGAAAGACUCCAGCGUGCGGCGAUCGAGCUUGGUUUUGAAUUGCCACCGCAAUGCUACCAAAGAUGA